AUGGCUAAUUCAGGUAUGUAUGUUAGAAAGACUAGGAUCUCUGAAAUUACCGGUGGGAAGAUUGACUUCCAAAUGAAAGUAAGGGUGAUUAACCUAUGGUCUACACCAGAUCGUUCCAAUCCCAACGAACAAGGAGCCCUUCACAUGAUUUUCCUAGAUAAAGAUUGUGGAAAGAUAUAUGCAUCUGUACGAAAGGACUUGCUCUCACAAUUCAAAGAUGAUAUUGAGGAUGGUGCUGCUUAUGUUGUGGAGAGGUUUAUGGUCGGCAAGAAUGAUACUUCUUUCAAGAGUACCUCUCACAAGCACAAGCUCAAUUUCAUGCGUGGGACUAAAAUGAUCAAAGUAAAGGCUACUGAUAUUCCCGCAAACCACUUCGAUUUUAUGCCUUUUACAGAAAUUUUGGCCUCUACUAAAGAGGAUCAGUUUCUUGAUGUCAUUGGUCAUGUAGUUGAAAAAAAUACUUUGAAAGAAACCCAAAAAAAUGGCAAGAUCAGUAAGUUAAUGGAUGCAACCAUUGAAGAUCUGGAGGGUAACAGGAUACAUUGUACCUUGUGGGAUGAUUAUGCUGUAAAAAUGCAACAAUUUCUUGAUGGUCAUGAUCCAUCACUUCCUGUCAUAAUUAUACUUCAGCUUUGUAAGCUCAAGAAGUAUCUUGGUGUUAUGGGGGUAUCCAAUUCUUUCUAUGGAACAAAGUUAUUCUUAAAUGCUGAGAUGCCUGAUGUGGCUAGCUAUAUAGAGAGAAUGAAUGCUGCAAAUGUAGAGCUGACUCAGGGUGUUAGUCAGAUGUCUGGACCCCCUGUCAUAAGUGUCGCCGAUGAUUUGCUGCAGACACCUAGAAUGACAAUUGAGGAUCUAAUUGAAUCCACUCAGAAAUGCUGUGGUUCCGUGUUGGCAUGGGGUUGUGAGUUCGAUAUGGAUGCUGGUUGGUUUUACCAGGCCUGUACUAAAUGUUCUUCUAGGAUCAAUUUUGUUUCAGGACAACUGUACAAGGUUCAUCUCCAAGUUAUUGACGAUACAGGAUCCAUAACUUUUGUCAUGUUCGAUCGUGUUGUUUUCCAAGUGGUGGGAUUGACAGCACAGGAUUUGUUGGAUUCUAUGAACAAUGAUGCUAGCUCUCAUCCUUAUCCUCCACAGCUUGACAUGUUUGUCAACAAAUGGAUGUUGUUCAAAGUUGAAGUAAGUGAUGCCAAUUUGUAUCGUAAUUGGCGUGGUUACAACGUGAAAAAAGUUACCUCUGAUGAGAAUGUUAUUAAUCAGUUCACUGCCAUCCAUGGAAUAACGUUGAAUGGUGAUGCCAAUGACACUGAUUUUGAGUACCCUGAAUGUGAUUUGGGAGACGACACUCCAUCUCUUGUGGUUGAUGGAGUUGAAUCAAGUAAUAAACCAGAUGCUAUGGUUUCAAAAUCUGGUCAAACACCUACAAGUAAGUUGUCUGAUAAGAAGGAGGCUGAUAUUGGAGUUACUAAUGUCUCUGCUGCUGGAAAAUCAAAAGCCAAACGGAUUAUUGAUCUUGGUGAUGAUGAUGAUGUGGUUCUCUCUGAUACUCUUGAUCUAUUUGCCAACAAAUCAACCGGAAAUGUCAAAAGGAUUAUCCAUCUUGGUGGAGAUGGCGUGGCUUUUCCUAAUGAGCUUAAUCCAUCCACUAGCAAAUCAAAUGUAGCAACUACUACUCAUCUUGCUGAAAAUCCUCUUGUGACUACCAAAGAAACCAAGCUAGCAUGUGUCAAGAUUGAGGGAUCCAAGUGA